UACGGCGGCCGAGGAGAGAAAUGUGGGCGCGUGCGGUGUUGCUGGGCUAUCGGUCCUGGAUGGGCUGGCACCGGGGCUUCACCUCCAAGACGGAUCCUCAGGGUAGUGGCCGUGUCACGGCUGAGGUGAUCGAGCACCUGGAGCGUCUAGCGCUUGUGGACUUCGGCAGCCAAGAGGCCGUGGCACGACUGGAGAAAGCCAUCGCCUUUGCCGACCGGCUCCGCGCGGUGGACACGGACGGGGUGGAGCCCAUGGAAUCAGUAUUGGAGGACAGAUGUCUGUACUUGAGAUCUGACAAUGUGGUAGAAGGCAACUGUGUUGAAGAACUACUACAAAAUGCCCAUCGAGUUGUGGAGGAGUAUUUUGUGGCUCCCCCAGGUAAUAUCUCUUUGCCAAAGCAGGAUGAACAACAGCCCUUUUCACACAACUGACUAGCUAUUCAUGGAGGCCCAAAGAUAGUAUUUUGUUACCACGAACACAAAUAUUUCCACUUUCUUCGGUUACCUGAAAAAAAACUGAUGUUUAAGUGAUUUUUAGUAACUAACUCUCUGAAGACAACAUUGGGAAAUAUCUAGCCAAAACAAGGCAAUGAGUUCCUGCUUCUACUGGAAGUAAAAGGUACUGUCACUUUCUGAGGAAAUGAAUCAAAUAUUUAUUCACACACUGUUCAGUAUAGGUUAUUCUCCUUUAUCUCCUCCCAAAACGGUGGUCUACCAAACUGUACGUAAAUCAGUUUUUCUAUUUACGUAACUAUUAGACAGUGUAUCUGAUCGCCAUAUGACAACCUGUGUUGCACUUUUCAGUUACUGUUUCUGUCAUCUAAGAAACCUUGUAUCUUUACCAAACAAACUCAAAUUUGUUCCUGGGUACCCACUUUAUUCAGAGCAGAAGGCUAACUUUCUCCUAAUGUCUGAAGAGUGUUCAAAGUAGACUCUACAGCUUGGGAACUCCUAACCUACAAUCAUCCACCAUCCCACAAAGUCAUUACACUCAAAAUGGAUACUAGCCAUAGCUAUAGUUUUUCUGAAAAGAACUUACAAUAAAAAUAGCCCUGGAAUAGCUAACAGUACUAUAUCGAACACUAAAAAUUUGCUAAGAGGGUAGAUACUAUAUUAAAUGUUCUUACCACAAAUAAAUCUUAAAGAAGAAGGGAGGAGACUUGGGGAGGUGAUGGAUAUGGUUAUAGCUUUGACGGUGAUCCGGUAUACGCUUAACCCCAAACUCAUUGAAUCGUAUACAUUAAAUAAGUACAGCCUUUUACAUAUCAAUCAUACUUCAAUAAAGUGGCUUUUUAACAAAAAGACCCAGGUCUGGAACAAAGUAGCCUCCCUGUCCCCACCACGAUUACUGAAUUGAGUAGAAUCCAAGAUACUGGAGUUUUUUGAUUUUGUGUUUUAAGAAGGCUCAGAUACCAAAGUUAAGUAAAACAGAUUGAGGGAUAAAAGUGAUAGAAGCAAAAAUUAAAGAGAUUUUUCCCCCCUCCAAACCGCCAGAGUUGGUUUUAAGAAUUUUCCAGUGAUCUUUAUGCUGCUUCCAACUUUAAAAGGUCUGUUUUAUUCUUCUCAUUCCUUUGCCCUAUCUUAAAUGCUCCUUUUUUCUUUAAAGUGGCUUCAUUUAGGGGCACCUAAGUGGCUCAGUUGGUUAAGCAUCCGAUUCUUGGUUUCGGCUCAGGUCGUGAUCUCACAGCUUUGUGGUUCAAGCCCCGCAUCGGGCUCUGCACUGGCAGCACAGAGCCUGCUUGGGAUUCUCUCUCCCUCUUCCACUCACGCUGUGUGCCUCUCUCUCAAAAUAAACUUAAAAAAAAAUUUUUUUAAAUAAUAAAGCACCUUCAUUUAUAAACUUGGCCUUCAAUUAUAAGCCUGAACCAACUCUUGGGAUUGAAAUUUUCAAAACCAUCAUCAUAGCAACUAUCUUUGUCCCCAAAUAAAGUUAUCCACUCCUGCUCCUUACCAACUGGGUGCAGCUGCCACUACAACUCAAUGACUUUUUUUUUUUUAAAUCAGUGUGCCUAUUUGGUGAAAUCUAUUAACUUAAUCAAGGACAACCACACAUGUCAAUUACUAAACGUUUAAAAUAUAUUUCUAAACAGAAUGGGCCGACUCAGUCACAGUAACUGCUGAUCUCCAUAGUAGAGCAACCCACAAAGACACAGCACUGAUUUUUUUCCCAUAAUCAGGGGUGAAAAAUAUACAACUUAUUUCUGAACCAAAACCACAAUUUCUGCAGUUUAUAAUGUUUCACUGCCAAUAUGGCCCUGGUAGAAAUUAUGUAUUUUAUUUCCUUAAAAAAAAAAUUAAAAAAAUUUCCUAAGACACUAAAUCAUCAAUCUGGAAUGUAGAUUCUGAGCACAAAGAGCUCAGUUCACCUAAAAAAUAAAGAAAAA